GACUGAUCUUUGAAAAUAUGUAUUUGGGAGAUAGUCGCGUUCUGUUGAAUACCUUGUGCUGGUGCUGCCAUCGGAAAAUCUGGUUACACUCCGGGGAGGCCUGCGACCACGGCAGGACUGAACCGCCUCGGCCCUGAGAUGAGCGUCCGGCCUGAGCGGGCACAUCAUGAAUAGGUACACGACGAUCAAGCAGCUCGGGGAUGGAACCUACGGUUCCGUCCUGCUGGGAAGAAGCAUUGAGUCUGGGGAACUGAUUGCUAUCAAAAAAAUGAAAAGAAAGUUUUAUUCCUGGGAGGAAUGCAUGAACCUUCGGGAGGUUAAGUCUUUAAAGAAGCUCAACCACGCCAAUGUAGUAAAAUUAAAAGAAGUUAUCAGGGAAAAUGAUCAUCUUUAUUUUAUCUUCGAGUACAUGAAAGAAAAUCUUUACCAGCUCAUUAAAGAAAGAAAUAAGUUGUUUCCUGAGUCUGCUAUAAGGAAUAUCAUGUAUCAGAUAUUACAAGGACUUGCAUUUAUCCACAAACACGGCUUCUUCCACCGUGACUUAAAGCCUGAGAACCUCCUCUGCAUGGGACCAGAACUUGUGAAAAUUGCAGACUUUGGAUUGGCCCGAGAAAUCCGAUCAAGACCUCCGUACACAGACUAUGUAUCUACCAGAUGGUACAGGGCUCCAGAAGUACUCCUGAGGUCCACCAACUACAGCUCCCCCAUUGACGUCUGGGCCGUGGGCUGCAUCAUGGCAGAGGUGUACACCCUCAGGCCACUCUUCCCUGGGGCCAGUGAAAUUGACACCAUAUUCAAAAUUUGCCAAGUGUUGGGAACACCGAAAAAGACCGACUGGCCUGAAGGCUACCAACUUUCAAAUGCUAUGAACUUCCGCUGGCCCCAAUGUGUACCCAAUAACUUAAAGACCUUGAUUCCAAAUGCUAGCAGUGAAGCGAUUCAGCUCCUCAGAGACAUGCUCCAGUGGGAUCCCAAGAAACGACCAACAGCUAGUCAGGCACUUCGAUAUCCUUACUUCCAGGUUGGACACCCACUGGGCAGCACCACACAGAACCUUCAGGAUUCAGGAAAAGCACAGAAAGACAUCCUAGAAAAAGCAGGGCCACCUCCUCAUAUUAAGCCAGUCCCUCCUGCCCAGCCCCCAACCAAGCCACACACACGGAUUUCUUCACGACAGCAUCAAACCAGCCAGCCCCCUCAGCAUCUCAUGUACCCCUACAAAGCAGAGAUCUCCAGGACAGAUCACUCAAGCCAUCUUCAGGAGGACAAACCAAGCCCAUUGCUUUUCCCCUCCCUCCACAAGAAUCCUCAGUCGACACAAAAAGUCGUAGCUGGCCUGGAACACAAAAAUGGAGAGAUCAAGCCAAAGAGUAGAAGAAGGUGGGGUCUUAUUUCCAGGUCCACGAAGGACUCCGACGACUGGGCUGACUUGGAUGACUUGGAUUUCAGCCCAUCCCUCACUAGGCUUGACCUGAAAAACAAGAAGAGGCAAAGCGAUGACACCCUCUGCAGAUUCGAGAGUGUUUUAGACCUGAAGCCCUCUGAGCCCGUGGGCACAGGAAACAGCGCGCCUACCCAGACUUCAUACCAGAGACAUGACACGCCAACCCUGAGGUCCGCGGCCAAGCAACACUACUUGAAGCAUUCACGGUACUUGCCUGGAAUAACUGUAAGAAAUGGCAUACUCCCAAAUCCAGGCAAGGACUUCAUUCCAUCCAAUCCAUGGUCUAGCUCUGGUUUGUCUGGAAAAUCUUCAGGGACAGUAUCAGUCAUCAGCAAAAUAAAUUCAGUUGGUUCCGGCUCUACAAGUUCAAGUGGACUGACAGGAAACUAUAUCCCUUCCUUUCUGAAAAAAGAAAUUGGUUCUGCUAUGCAGAGGGUACACCUGGCACCUAUCACAGACCCUUCCCCUGGUUAUUCUUCCCUGAAAGCUGUGAGACCUCACCCGGGGCGCCCUUUCUUCCACACCCAGCCUAGAAACACUCCUGGGUUGGUACCGCGGCCUCCUGCCGCCCAGCCAGUACACGGCCGGACAGACUGGGCUUCCAAGUACGCGUCCCGGCGACGAAGCCCUUCACCGGGAGUGAAAAUCCCGAUUUUGUUCAGCAGAGGCUGUUCCAUUGAGAGGAAUGUUUACAGCAAUUUUGAAAAUGACAAAGCUAGUUUGGAGACAGAAAAAGAUGAAAGGUCCACUCUCAUCCAUAUCUCUAUGCUUUUCAUAGCACGUUCCCAUUUGCAAUGUAAAUCAUCCAAUGAAGCUCAUGACUUCACUAACUACAUUCAGAAUGCCACAGGAAAUUCAUUGCCAUCCUUGUACUCUUUGGAAGAAUUUUGUAGGAACAUGAUCUACAAAUUAAACUUGCAUGGCACUGUCUCUUUAUCCUUGGGGGAGACAUUUCAGGACUCCCAGUGGAUCUGA